CAGAGCUCCAGCAAACCAGACAUCAAUUUGGACGCAGUGAUGAGGACUGCGGUGCGAAGACUCGCUUUAAAGACCAGAGCGCCGACUUUCGGAUUCUCCCCCUAAUUUAGAAUAAAAAGUCAUUCAUAAAACCAACUUUAACGGAGUGAGCUGGGUAAACAGAUACAGACGUACAUUUGAUACACUGUGUCUGUAAUGUGACCGCUGGCUGCGCCAAAGUGGCGCUUUUACGCACAAUGGAGGAGCUUUUACGCGAGCAUGACACUUGGGCGCAGAAUGUUUCAUGGAGCAACUCAAGUCUCGGAAAUGAAAGCCAUUUAGGGAACAUCACGGUGAAUCCUUUGAAACGAAAUGAAGAAGUGGCCAAAGUGGAAGUCACCGUCCUGGUCCUGGUGCUGCUGCUCGCUCUGACCGGUAACCUGUGCGUCCUGUGGGCUAUCCACACCACCAAGCACAGCCAGUCUCGGAUGUAUUACUUCAUGAAGCACCUGAGUAUCGCAGACCUUGUCGUCGCAGUCUUUCAGGUCUUACCGCAACUCAUUUGGGAUAUCACGUUCCGCUUCUACGGGCCGGAUUUGCUGUGCAGGUUGGUCAAAUAUCUCCAGGUCGUGGGUAUGUUCGCAUCCACCUACAUGCUCGUCCUAAUGUCCGUCGACAGGUGCUUAGCGAUCUGCAGACCACUUCGCUCCUUGCACAAGAGGAAGGAUCGCUUCUGUGUGAUCGCCUCUUGGAUGCUCAGCCUGAUAUUCAGCACUCCUCAAGCAUAUAUAUUUUCUUUAAGGGAGGUCGGGAACGGUGUGUAUGACUGCUGGGGGGACUUCGUGCAGCCAUGGGGCGCCAAAGCAUACAUUACAUGGAUGAGUCUCAGCAUUUACAUUUUCCCGGUGGCAAUUUUAUGCAUCUGCUAUGGUUUGAUAUGUUUUAAAAUAUGGCAGAAUUUCAAUUUAAAAACCAGGAGGGAUCACUUCCUGGCUCUCACUCCAAGGGCCUCCAAAGGCGCUCAUCCGCUCUCUCGUGUGAGCAGCGUGAGGCUGAUUUCAAAAGCAAAGAUCCGCACAGUGAAAAUGACAUUUGUAGUGGUGCUUGCCUACAUUGUAUGUUGGACUCCCUUCUUCUUUGUCCAGAUGUGGUCUGCGUGGGAUCCAGCUGCACCGAGAGAAGACAUGGCCUUCAUCAUUGCCAUGUUGUUGGCCAGCCUCAACAGCUGUUGCAACCCUUGGAUCUACAUGUUUUUUGCCGGUCACCUGUUCCACGACCUGAUGCAGUGCUUCUUCUGCUGCUGUAGACAGUACCUGACACACUCCUCCUGCGGCUGUGAUCGACAGUGCAGGCACAAGAGCAACUCGUCCACUUAUGUCAUCAAGGACACCAGCAGCCAGCGGAGCCUCACGCACACAUCCAGCACAGGAGGCCCAGGACACUGAAAAGCCAGCUGAAAGCCAUCCAAGCUUCCUGUAGUCAAAACCACCUUCACGCCGCUGUACAUCUUCCCCCAUGCCUCAAAGAAUGGGCCAA